AUGACAAAAAUUCCAAAAAUUACUUCCGAUGGUUCAAAGUCGGAAAGCGAGCAAGUGGAAGUAAUUUCUACAAAUAAUAAUCGUAAAGUGAGCCAAUUAGCAAAUGAAAUUCGUGCUUGGGGUACAUUUUUAUUGAUGAAUAAUUACAAAAAUCAAAAGCCAAUAUUGGAAAAACGACGACGUGAUAGGAUCAAUAGCAGUUUAGAUGAGCUCAAGAGUAUUCUCUUGGCGAUAAAGCAACGUGAUGUGAGUUUUAUAGUUGAUUAG